CAGCGCUCGACGCCGAUUGGUCGAACGUGGGACUCCCGACCAAUCAGCGACGAGUACAGUUCUCCCUUGACAGUGUUUUAAAAACCUGCGGUGAGGUUCCGAUGCGACGGUAAACAAAAGACCUGAGACAUGGAGGUCACUGAAGAAAAUUUGAAGAGGCUCACUGAGGUUCUUACACAUACUCUGUCUCCAGAAGUUAGCCAAAGGAGAACUGCUGAGCAGUUUGUGAGCCAAGUAGAAGGAAAUGAAAACUACCCAGUUCUCCUUCUGACUUUAUUAACCCGUGAUGAUAUUCAAGUGCCUGCAGAAGUGAAGUUGGCAGCUGCCAUCAAUCUUAAAAAUCUUGUGAAGAAAUAUUGGAUGAUAGAAGAGGAUGGAACGAACAAAAUCAGCACCAAUGACAGAGUGGUCAUCAAAAGAGAGAUUGUUGACCUCAUGUUACGAUCCCCAGAAGGCAUCCAGCGACAGCUUUCGGAAGCAAUAUCUAUAAUCGGGAAAUAUGAUUUUCCUGCCCAGUGGGAGGAACUUAUUCCAUACAUGGCUGAAAAAUUCAAGUCGGGCGAUUUCAACGUUAUAAAUGGAGUUUUGCAAACGUCCUACUCUGUUAUGAGGAGGUACGAAUAUGAAAACAAAUCCGAAGAUUUGUGGAGGGAAAUAUUGUUCGUACUGAACAAUUUUGCCCAGCCUCUCACAAAUCUCUUUGUUGAGUUGAUGAAGUUUACUGCAGAAAAUGUUAAUAAUGCAGCAGCCUUGAAGAUGAUCAUGUCCUCUCUGGUAACAGUCGGUAAACUUUUCUUAGCUCUAAAUUCACAAGAUCUGCCCGAGUUCUUUGAAGACAAUAUGACGGUUUGGAUGCAGAACUUUCUUACACUUUUGAAUUUCUCAAGUCCACUACUAGCAACUGAUGACGAAGAAGUUGGCGUUUUGGAACAGGUGAAGAGUCAAGUUUGUGAGGAUCUAACAAUGUAUGCAGCAAAGUACAUGGAAGAAUUUGAACCUUUUGUAGAAAACUUUGUCACAGCAGUAUGGAAUCUCUUGUCUACCACGACACUUGCAGUGAAAUAUGAUCAGAUGGUCAGCCAUGCUAUACAGUUCCUCUGUGCAGUUGCUGAAAGAGAUCACAGUAAACGUCUGUUUGAAAAUGAGCAGGUGUUGUCAGGCAUAUGUGAAAAAGUCAUACUGCCAAACAUGCAUCUUCGAACCUGUGAUGAAGAAUUGUUUGAGGACAGUCCAGACCAGUGGGUUGCACAGGAAUUGGAAGGAGCUGAUUCUGAAACUCGACGUAGAGCGGCUGUUGAUUUUGUAAGAGUUUUGUCACGUCACUUUGAAGCCAAAAUGACCCAAGUAUUUGGUCAGUAUGUUCAGUCAAUGCUCGUCACUUAUAAUGAAAAACCCAACGAGUGCUGGCGGAAUAAAGUAGCUGCUAUAUACCUUGUGACCACACUUUCUGCUAAGGGAAGCACUGCAAGGCAGGGAGCAACACAAAUUAAUGAACUUGUCAACAUCACAGAAUUUUACCAAAAUCAUGUACUUCCUGAACUGCAAAAUCAAGAUGUGAACAGACUUCCAAUACUGAAGGCAGAAGCUAUCAAGUAUGUUAUCAGUUUUCGCAGUGCCCUUCCCUUUGAUGCUGUGAAGCUGUGUGUACCUGAUUUGACUCGUCUUAUUACUGCCCAGUCAGUGGUAGUGCACACUUAUGCUGCUGCAGCUUUAGACAAAAUCUUCCUGCUUAAAAGCAAUAAUCAGCCAAUUGUUCAGAAGAAUAAUGUCUCUCCAAUGGCUGGCGUUUUGUAUACUAACUUGCUAGGAGCUCUAACGCUCCCUGGAUCUGAACAAAAUGAGUAUGUGAUGAAGGCUUUAAUGAGAGUGACGAAUAUAAUUGAGGAUGACUUGAUGCAACACGCAGGUUUGAUUGUUCCUCAAAUAGUGAUCAAACUUCAGCAGGUCGCCAAAAAUCCAUCCAAGCCACAUUACGUCCAUUACCUGUUUGAAACUUUGUCGUUAGUUAUUAAGACAGUGUGUAAUACUGUGGACAAUGCAGUUGGAGAGUUUGACCGAAAUCUGUUCCCAAUAUUUCAAGAAAUCCUUCAGAAUGAGGUUGAUAGUCUUAUUCCAUAUAUAUUCCAGAUCAUAUCACUGCUGUUAGAAAGACAAAAGGUAGAUGUUCCUGAGGCCUAUAUGUCACUCCUCCCUUUCUUGGUCAUGCCAGUCCUUUGGGAGCGGCCAGGCUAUAUUGUCCCAAUGGUGAGGCUCUUACAGGCAUACAUUGAAAAAGCCCAUGCUAAGAUUGUGCAGUUGGGGAAACUUGAACCGGUGCUUGGAGUGUUUAAUAAGCUUAAUGCCUCCAAGACAAAUGACCAUGAAGGUUUCUAUUUACUUCAGUGUAUGUUACUUCACAUGCCAAAGGAAAUAUUGGAAAAUUACUGGAGUCAGCUCUUCUCUUUGAUGUUUAAGAGGUUAACUUCCAGCAAGACCACAAAGUAUGUGAAGUCGCUUCUCGUGUUCUUCAGUUUGUUUACCUGUCAGAUGUCAUCUGCAAGGCUUAUUCAGAUCAUUGACAGCCUUCAAACUGGAAUGUUUGGCAUGGUAAUAGAAAGGUUGAUAAUUCCAGAUUUACAAAAAGUCUCAGGAGAAAUAGAACGAAAACUGUGUGCUGUAGGUUUAAGUAAUAUCAUAAGCGAGAGUGUAGUUUUUUCUGGUACGUACUCUUCACACUGGAAUGCCUUGUUAGAAACACUAAUCAAAUUGCUUGAAUGUCCUGAAGAUGAUGCUUUGCCUUCAGGGGAGCAUUACAUUGAAGUUGAAGAUAUUCCUGCCUAUCAGGGCUCCUCAGCACGAUUGGUGCAUGCAGCUCGAAGUGAUAUGGAUCCUCUGAAGGGCCAGGUAGAGAACGCAAGGAUAUACUUAGCACAACGGCUCUUCCAGCUCUCUCAGGUGCAGCCAGGCACAGUACAACCUCGUCUAGCACAGACUAAUCAAGAAGUACAAGCUCAUAUUGUGAAUUACCUACAAAUGGCUGGAUGCAGCCUCACGUGAAAACAGUUGAUGGAAUUAUGAGUUAUGUACAUACUACACGUCUACAUUGGUAAGCUUUGUUUACAAUUAUUUUUUAAAAUGCCUACUUUUUAUUUCAUCUUGUAGGAGCUCAUUUAUGUAAAAAUAAUUUUCCAGUAAAGGAAAUGGUUUUGGCUGAUAAUACAUCAGAUUUUCUGAAAAGAUCUUGGAUAAAGGAAGCAUUAUUUUUUGUUCUCUUUUAUAAAACCUGUAUAUUUCCAUACAAGCUUUGUAGAUUUGUUUAUAAUUAAUAAUGGAAAUUUUCCAGGAGAUAGGAGCCAAGCAAACCCUUUUUGUGAUAUCAGUUUUGAUGGAGCGGAAAGUCUCAUUGCAGCAUCUCAUUUCUUAAAGUAAGUUGGCUUUGAUUUCAGCCACAUUUGCCUUUCAAAGAAUUUCAGUCAAGCUUGUAAGGUAUUACCCAAAAUGAGACUUUUUGUCUUGUCUGCUUCUAGUUUCUUGUAAGUCAGUCGCAGUGAAAGAAAAAAUGAAAUAUAUAUGUAUUUGCUUUAA